CAACACGCCUCACACCACCACCACAACACCAACAUCUCAGCCAUGGCCGAAGAGUCUACUCCUUUAGAUAUGUCCGCUCUAGCUGAGGCACAUGCUCCUACGCACACCUACAUUCCAAAUCGAGGCUAUCAGACGUCGAACGCCUCUCAAGAUGCCCCGCCACAAACCCCCACCGGGUACGCAGCUGACAACGAGGGAGAAACGUACGAUGAUCUCUUCGAGAAUGACGAUGAGGAAUAUUUCGAUGACAUGGAGUUCGAUGGGACUUCAGGAGAUCUUACAAAAUCAUACAACCGUCAACGAAAACUUAACGACCAAAGUGCAACAGCCCCUCGAAUAAAUCCUCAAAAGCCGACUGCGAACACACAGGCCAGUGUAGAUGACCAAAUUUCUAGCCUUGCAAAGCAUGCAGGCAAGAUUAGGCUGGAUGGCGGCGGAGAGGGACACAAGACUCAUGGAAAGGAUAAAUCAGACCGGGCGACCAGCGAGCAAGUUCUCGACCCUCGAACGAGGAUGAUUCUGCUCCAGAUGAUCAACCGAGGCAUCGUAUCUGAGGUAAAUGGGUGCUUAAGCACGGGCAAGGAGGCAAACGUGUACGGCGCGCUGUCAGUACCGACCUCAGAGGGAGGAGAAGAGAGCCAGCCAAUUCAUCGAGCCAUCAAGGUCUAUAAAACCAGCAUUCUUGUCUUCAAGGACCGAGAUCGUUACGUCACAGGAGAAUAUCGCUUUAGGACAGGUUACAAUAAGGGAAACAACCGUGCGAUGGUCAAAGUGUGGGCAGAGAAGGAGUUCCGAAAUUUGAAACGAUUACACAUGGCAAGCAUUCCAUGCCCCGAGCCUGUCUACUUGCGUCUACACGUCCUUGUCAUGGGCUUCCUCGGCGACAAGAAAGGUUGGGCGGCUCCAAGAUUACGAGAUGUUGAAUUACAAGGAGAAGAUGUGGAUGAGCAGUGGAGGGUGCUUUAUCUACAACUGCUUGGACUCAUACGACGGAUGUAUCAAACCUGCAAACUUGUACACGCAGAUCUGAGUGAGUACAAUGUGUUGUACCAUCUGAAGAAGCUAUUCAUUAUCGAUGUCUCGCAAUCUGUGGAGCAUGAUCACCCUAGGUCCUUGGAAUUCUUGAGAAUGGACAUCAAAAACGUUUCGGAUUUCUUCAGAAGAAAGAAUGUGGAGGUUCUUCCCGAGCAGACGGUGUUUGGAUUCGUCACUUCACCCGACGGAUCAGUGAAAGAUCCUCCUCUUGCGGAGGCUUUGGAGAAGUUAUUUGUUGAGAGGCCAGCCGUUGAGGAGGGUGAGGAAGCGGCCGCAGAGCAAGAAGUCGAGAACGAGGUAUUUCGAAAGCAAUACAUUCCUCAGACGUUAGAUCAGGUCUACGAUAUCGAGCGAGAUGCAGAGAAGGUCGGCAAGGGGCAGAAAGACGACUUGGUGUAUCGAAAUCUGUUGGCCGAUAAGAUCCCAAUGUCGUCAGGGAUUGAAGCGGAUGUCGAAGAUGUGAUGGGAGGCAGUUCUUCUCAUGCGAGUGAAAGGGGCAGCGGGAGCAAUGAUAGUGACGACGAGUCUCGAUUCGAGAAGGGAACUCCACGGGGAAAGAGAUUCGAGGACAAAGAAGCUAAAAAGGAGCACAAAAAAGCUGUCAAGGAGGAGAAACGCGAGAAGAGGAAAGAAAAGAUGCCGAAGCACAUGAAGAAGAAGCUCGUGAGUUCGUCAGCAAAGCACAAGUACUGAACUCAAUGAAAAGGAGACAUUGAGCCUGACUUUCACACGACAAUAUCUGACACUAGACUCUGCCAUCCCAGUUAGUUGGCGAUCUACCAGGUAAGCCACUAUAUGUUGAAAAUUAAUAUUUCU